AUAUAGGCAGCUGGUGCCGCACUCCCGCCAUCUGAGCGAUUUCUUAUUGUGAACCUGGUCAUGCGUUUUUGACGGAUGAAGGAUGGGGGAGGCGACCAAUCGACCGUAUACUCCGAAGAGGCUGAAGAACGGCAGUGGAGGUUACCAUCACCAUAAUCGGUACGAUUAUCAUCACCAUCAUCAUCAUCAUCACGAGAAGGGGAGGUGGUGGGAAGAUGCGGGGGAAGCGGAGAUCAUGGAGGAAGAGGGAGAUGAGUUCUUCCCUCCUCCCGAGUUCUUUUUCUGUCCAACCGUCUCCGCGUCUCUCGUCGUCUCAGAUGCCCUUGAGCCUGACUACCCCAUCAUCUACGUAAAUACCAUGUUCGAGCUUUUCACCGGCUACCGGGCUGAUGAGGCCAUCGGCAGGAAUUGCCGUUUCUUGCAGUUUAGGGAUCCAUAUGCACAAAGGAGACACCCACUAGUGGAUCCGGCAGUUGUUGCUGAAAUGCGUAGGUGUCUUGAUGAAGGAGUGGAAUUUCUGGGUGAACUUUUGAAUUUCAGAAGAGAUGGUGUUCCUCUGAUGAACAGGCUCAGACUCAUACCAAUUCAUGGAGAUGACAGUAUUGUAACUCAUGUCAUUGGCAUCCAGAUAUUCACAGAGGCUAACAUUGAUUUGGACCAAUUAUCAUACCCUGUAUUCAAACCAACAUCUUAUCCAAAUUCUGAACACUUUGUUGGAGAUCCUGUCAUGUGUCUUUGUCCAUCGAACAAAUAUGCACAGCCUUUCCACGAUGCUUGUGGGAUUCUUCAAUUAUCUGAUGAAGUUCUUGCACAAAAUAUACUUGCUCGCUUAUCUCCAAGGGAUGUUGCAUCAGUUGGGUCAGUCUGUAGAAGGCUUCGUCAACUGAUGAAAAAUGAGCAUUUGUGGAAAAUGGUUUGCCAAAAUGCAUGGGGAAGAGAAGCAACUAGGGUCUUGGAAUCAAUUCCAGAAGCCAAGAGACUGGGGUGGGGGCGUCUAGCUAGAGAGUUGACUACACUUGAGACUGCUGCAUGGAAGAAGCUAACUGUAGGAGGUGCAGUUGAGCCUUCUCGUUGUAAUUUCAGUGCAUGUGCUGCUGGAAAUAGGUUGGUGCUUUUUGGAGGAGAGGGGGUCAACAUGCAACCAAUGGAUGAUACCUUUGUUUUAGACUUUGAUGCUGCUAACCCUGAAUGGCGCCGGGUCAAAGUAGCUUCAUCUCCCCCAGGGCGGUGGGGCCACACCUUAUCCUGCUUGGAUGGAUCUUGGCUGGUGGUCUUUGGAGGCUGUGGGAGACAAGGUUUGCUUAAUGAUGUAUUUGUUUUGGACUUGGAUGCCCAACAACCAACAUGGAAGGAAGUUGCAGGUAUUGCACCUCCACUUCCUCGGUCCUGGCACAGCUCGUGCACUGUUGAUGGCUCCAAAUUGGUUGUCUCAGGUGGAUGUACUGAUGCUGGUGUACUUUUGAGCGACACCUUUUUGCUUGAUCUCACGAUGGAGAAACCUAUGUGGAGAGAGUUGCCUGCUUCAUGGGUUCCUCCGUCAAGGUUGGGGCACUCUCUUUCUGUGUAUGGAGGAAAGAAGAUCCUCAUGUUUGGUGGUAUGGCAAAGAGUGGACCACUCCGGUUGAGAUCUAACGAGGCAUAUUCUAUCGAUUUGGAUGAGGAUGAUCCAAGGUGGAGGCCAAUAAUGAAUAAUGGUUUCCCUGAUGUCGGUUGCCAGAGUGCAAUAGCACCUCCACCUAGGUUAGACCAUGUCGCAGUUAGCAUGCCCAGUGGAAGAAUCAUCAUCUUUGGAGGAUCUGUUGCUGGUCUCCACUCUGCAUCCCAGUUGUUUAUUCUUGAUCCAUUGGAGGAGAAACCCACUUGGAGGAUCCUUAAUGUUCCGGGACAGCAGCCAAAGUUUGCAUGGGGCCAUAGCACUUGUGUGGUUGGGGGAACUAGGGUCCUGGUCUUGGGUGGUCAUACCGGUGAAGAGUGGAUACUAAAUGAAUUACAUGAACUCUCCUUAGUGAGCAAACCAAAUUGAUGGCACUGAAAGGGAGCAUUUUGCAAAUGGAGCAGUAUGUUCAUUUAUUGAACUUCAUCACAUGGCAACAUGCAGUACCAUAUAUUGCAUUCUUGAGAACUAUCAAAAUCGACAUGACGUGGAGAUGGCAGCAACCUUACACCCUUUCACGACUUCAUUCUUUUCUAGAAUGAUCCAAAUAUGGAAGUCCAAAACCAAGGUAUCAUGCCCCACUGUUCCAUUUGCAUAUGGUUCGCUAGGGUGGUUUAUGUAGUAUCAUCUUGGAUGGUGUUUUCCAAUUUCUUGAAGAACUCAUCACCCAAAGAAUGACAGCUCCAUUAUAAAGAUUAACCUUGAGAUUAGGAUCGGGAAUCUAAGUGAAAACAGAUUCCUAUUGGGCAUCUAUCAGUUUUGCAUUUUGAUUUCUGUGCACUUUGUUGUUUUUAGGAGACCUUAGCCAUGUCUCCACCAUGAGAAUUUGCAAGGUGUGCUUGGGAACGUUUCCUGGCUCUUAUGGCGGAUGAUGAGCUUCUUUUUGACCUACACAUCGAUAUAAGAUGGAUCUGUUCAUCAGCUCUAGCGAGGGCAUGUUACUUUUAAAAUUUUUUAUCUUUUCAAACUUGGACAAUCUCAAAAACGUUUAUCUUGUGCAGCAUUUUGAUUCUUGUUGAACCGACAUGAACAGAAGUACGGCUAACUAUAUUGAACUUUGCUUC